GGCAGAGUUUACGUACUGAGCGUGGUUUUCAUGAGAACCAAUCAGAGUUCAGCUUGAAGCAGCCCUCCAGUUUUCUUUCCAGCAGGAUGUUUUCUAACCUUUACCGUCUUUGUGUGCUCAGCUGUUCACAGGACAGAAGAAGCAGCCGGUCAUCGUGCCCAUGUACGCCGCCAGCCUGGGGAUGCUGGAACCCACCAAAGAGCCCGUGAAGCCCGUCUCUGCAGCAGAGAUGAUCGCUUCGAUAGCACAGGCGCCUCCAGCUGCUCCAGAGAAAACCUCCGGGACCCCAGACCCAGUCCAGGAGGCGCUCCCACCCGUCCAGUUCGACUGGAGCAGCAGUGGCCUUACUAACCCUCUGGACGCGAGCGGAGGCUCUUCUCUGUUAAACCUGGAUUUCUUUGGUCCUGUGGAGGAUUCAGGCUCCACCAGCUCAACCUCCAUCCCAGGUGUCGACCCCGAGCUUUACGAGCUGACCACGGCUAAGCUGGACCCGGGAAACUCCGGCAGCCGGGUGGCCGACGCCUUCGCCCGCCUGAUGUCCACCAUGGAGAAGACCAGCACCUCCACCAGGAAGCCGAGGAGAGAGGAGAAUCUAAGCGAGGAGGCGUCCAAAGUGAUCUCAGGUCUGCCCGACCUCUCCUUCAUGCAGGCCAAAGUGCUGAUGUUUCCCACCACGCUGACGCCCCUCGGCUCCACGGCCACACCGGACUGAAGCCCCGCCCCUCCCCUCCUCUAUUACUGACAUCACCCCCCUCCCCCCUGUCUGUUUGGCCCCGCCCACUGGAUCGCUCAUUUUCUUUUUCUUUCUCUUGCUGCGGCUUAGCUCCUCCCCUUCGUACGUUUUUUCUUCUUUUUAAUUAGCGCGUUUUAUAUUUUGUUUUUCUUAUUUAAAAAUGAACAGCGAAGCAUUUAUCACGGCGGGGACGCUCGGCCGCGUGCACAUUGACCAGGAUUCAUGAUUAAUUUAUAGAGGAAGGUUUGUAGACGCCGUUCGUGUCCAGAAGAAUCAUCGUGUAUAUAAUCAGGGAUUCAACGUUUCUUCUUCGUUGGUUUUAAUUGGGGAUGAUUUGACGUCUCUGUGGCGAGCGUGUGUUUGUGUCCGUGUGAAGGAAACGCUGCAGCUCUUGGAAUCAAACUGAAGUGGUAUAUAUGUUUAAAGAAAACAUUUCUAUACAUCUAUAAAUCUAUCAAAGUAUAAAUCUAUAUUUAUGGACUUGAAACCACACUGCCUGCAAAAUCCCGCUGAAUGUUCGUCUCCUCGCUGCGUCUCAACGCCUUCGUUUUUUACCGCUUUAACCCCGAUCCUCUGUCCUUUUCUUUCCUAAUUUAACAUCGAUUUUAACAUUAAUUAUGUCUGAACCUCUGUUGCUGCAGUCCGCUCAUAUAUCUCUGUUCUGUACCUCGGGGGGGGGGGGGGGGGGGAACCUCCGCUGAUUGAACGCUGGAGAAUCUGUUUCAGUUUUGACUCCACCUUUAAAGGUGACAUAUUUAUUUAUGUUCCUCUAACUCUAACAUGUGUCUCUAGUCCGUCUACAAACC